AUGGCACCAGUGCAGCCCAAUAUCAUUUUCAUCAUGGCGGAUGACCACGCAAGCAAAGCCAUCGGCUGUUACGGUGCGAACAUAAACUCAACCCCAAAUCUCGAUCGAAUUGCAAAUGAUGGAAUGCGCUUUGAUCACUGCUAUGUCACCAAUUCUAUUUGCACGCCAAGCAGAGCCAGCAUCCUGACGGGGACGUACAAUCAUGUCAACGGAGUUGUGACAUUGGACAGCAAGAUCAACAAGCAUCUCCCCAACGUUGCGAAGCACCUUCGAACUGGCGGGUAUCAGACUGCUAUGAUUGGGAAGUGGCAUCUCGGAGAAGGUACGGAUCAUGAGCCAUCAGGCUUUGACUUUUGGUCAGUUGUGCCUGGCCAGGGAGACUACUUUGACCCAGUCAUGAUUGAAAUGGGACAGAGGAAGGUGUUUCCCGGUUAUGCAACGGAUGUUAUAACAGACCAAAGUAUCGACUGGAUAAGCAACCGUCAAAAGGACAAGCCGUUUUUCCUUAUGUGUCACCACAAGGCGCCUCACCGAUCAUGGGAAUGCGAUCCAAAGCACAGACACCUCUACCAAGAAAACGUCAAAGUCCCAGAAACGUUUGACGACGACUACAAAACUCGAGCUCUGGCCGCGGCUCAGGCCAAGAUGAAAGUUUCUACAGAUCUCACUUAUCAUGACCUGGGAUUGGUUCAGCCGGACGGAGGAUCCGAGGUUGGCGAAUUGCUUGUGCCAAACCGCCCCGCCUUCAAUCAACGAAAGGUCCCUUAUCUAGAAAACGUCACACAGAUACGACUCAUCGACAAGGAUAGUGGGGAGGUGUUCACCUUCAAAUCCCAGGAUGAACUGCAAUACUUUAAAUACCAGCGAUACAUGAAAAGGUAUCUGAGGACGAUAGCCUCUAUCGAUGAUAAUGUUGGACGAAUGCUCAACUACAUCGAUUCGGAAGGGCUUGCGGAAAACACUGUGAUAAUUUACACAUCCGAUCAAGGAUUCUUCCUUGGUGAUCAUGGUUGGUUUGACAAACGUUUCAUGUACGAAGAGUCUUUUCAAAUGCCGUUCAUGAUUCGCUACCCGGGAAUGAUCAAGCCUGGCACGGUAUGCAAAGAUAUUGUGUGCAAUGUCGACUUUGCAGCCACCUUUCUUGAUCUCGCAGGACUUCCGGUUCCGUCUUACAUGCAGGGACGGUCAUUUGCGAGCUUGUUGCAAGGUACGACGCCAGAAGACUGGUCACAAGUUGCGUAUCACCGCUACUGGAUGCACCGUGAUACGAUUCAUGACGCACGAGCACAUUAUGGAGUACGGAAUCAGCAAUACAAGCUGAUAUAUUGGUACAACAAGGGUUUUGGACUCCCUGGAUGCCAAGAUGGCGGAGAGGAGACGGAAUGGGAGCUGUUUGACUGUGACAAAGAUUCACUGGAACUGGUGAAUAUCGCCAAUGAUGGACAAUAUGCGGAAAUUCUCAGCCAGAUGAAAGCGGAGCUCGACCACAAAAUGGUGGAAAUUGGUGAUGAGCCGGAGCAUUAUUUGAUCCCGGAAAGAAUGUGA